CCAUUUGCGAUUCCAAUUCGAGUGCAUCUUCACUGCAAACACAGAGUUUUUCACGGCUUCAUAGUCGGCGCGCUGAAGACAGUUACAUCGCCUCUCGACCCCUGUCAAACCGUCAAUCUCCCUCAGUGACACAUUCCCUCAGACCACUUGAACCUUUCAACUUCAACCACCACGAUGGAUGAAGAUCACGGUCCUCGAACCAUUGUGCCUGAGGAGGCCCCCUCCAAGACCUUUGGCCAGCGCAUCAACUCCAUCAAGCAGGCCUUCACCACUCGCAAUGGCCUCAUUGGCGACUACGACUAUGCCUUCCUCUUCCGCCCCAAUCUUCCCUUCAUGAAGAAGCCGACGCAAGCCAGUCCCUUCUUUGGCCUCAAUGACAAGAUGCCUGUUUUCCUCGCCUUGCUCCUGGGAUUUCAGCACGCUCUGGCUAUGUUGGCUGGUAUCAUUACACCUCCCAUGAUCAUCAGCAGCUCCGCCAACCUGGAUGCCGACCAGCAGCAGUAUCUCGUCUCCACUGCCCUGAUCGUCUCGGGCAUCUUCUCUGCUGUCCAGAUCACUCGCUUCAGAAUCUGGGGCACCAAGUAUUACAUUGGAACUGGAGUCCUCUCCGUCGUGGGUAUCUCGUUCAGUGUCAUCCCCAUCGCCCAAGGCACCUUCACUCAGAUGUACGCCAAUGGUUACUGUCCUACCGCCGACGAUGGUACUCUUCUACCGUGCCCAAAGGGCUACGGCGCCAUCAUUGGAACGGCUGCAGUCUGUUCCCUCUUUGAGAUCCUCAUCUCCUUCGUUCCCGCCAAGAUUCUGCUCCGUCUAUUACCGCCAAUCGUCACCGGCCCCACCGUCAUGCUUAUUGGUGUCAAGUUGAUCAAAUCUGGCUUCCAAAACUGGAUGGGCGGCAGCGGCAGUUGCGCAUAUGCCACUGAGGGUCUCUUCGCUUUAUGCCCCAACAUCAACGCUCCUCAUCCUCUCCCCUGGGGUUCCGCGGAGUUCCUGGGUCUCGGUUUCUCCGUCUUCCUCACAAUUAUCCUUUGUGAGCGCUUUGGUUCUCCCAUCAUGAAGUCCACUUCCGUCGUCAUCGGCCUCCUUACAGGCUGCAUCAUCGCUGCUGCUUGCGGCUACUUCGACCGUUCCGGCAUCGAUUCGGCCCCCGUCGCCUCCUUCGCUUGGGUUCACACCUUCCCCCUGACCGUAUACGGCCCUCUCGUCUUGCCCCUGAUGGCAGUAUUCCUCAUCCUCGCCACCGAGGCCAUCGGUGACAUUACGGCUACAUGUGAUGUCUCGCGCAUCGAGGUUAGCGGGCCGAUCUACGAGUCUAGAAUCCAGGGCGGUAUCUUGUCUGACGCCCUCUGCGGAUGCAUCGGUGCCCUUAUGACCAUGACUCCCGGCAGUGUUUUUGCCCAGAACAACGGUGUCAUCGUUCUGACGCGUUGCGCCAACCGCACAGCUGGCCUCGCCUGUGCCAUGUUCCUCCUCAUCAUGGGCAUCUUCACCAAGUUCGCCGCCUCGCUGAUUGCCAUUCCCUCAGCCGUCCUCGGAGGUAUGACCACCUUCCUCUUCACUGCCGUCGCUGUCUCUGGAUUGUCCAUCAUCACCCGUGGAGUCCCCUUCACUCGCCGCAACCGCUUCAUUCUCACCGCUGGUCUCUCGCUCGGUUAUGGCGCCACUCUCGUUCCCACCUACUUCGACAAUGUCUUUACCUACAGCGGUGACAAUACCUCCCUCCAGGGCUUCCUCGACGCCAUCGUCCUCGUCAUGGAGACUGGUUUCGCCGUCACCGCCUUCAUCUGCAUGUUCCUCAACCUGGUCCUGCCCGAGGAGAUGGAGGAGGACAUCGACUCCCGCUCCGAGACCAACGUCGUCCUCAACGAAACAACCCACGCCCCCGUCGCCGGAUCCAGCAGGGAGCAGAGCAUCGAGCAGCAGAAGCCAGAGAAGCAGGGCUAAAUGGUGAAGGAGAAAAAUAAGGAGUUUUUGUGUUUAUCGUUGAAUAACGGCGUUUGUGGCGGGGUAAAGAAGUUGAUAUCGAGAGUCCCACGCAUGAUAUACAAUUCUGGCUUGACUGGAGAGACAAGUAAAAUACCGGGUGGGGGAUUGUGCGUCA